CAAUGGACCGGCACCGUCGACGUGACGCCCUCCCACCGCCUCUUCUUCUGGUUCUUCAACAGCCGCAACGACCCCGUGCGCGACCCCGUCAUCGUCUGGAUGAACGGCGGCCCCGGCGGCAGCUCCAUGAUGGGCCUCUUCAACGAGCUCGGCGCCUGCUGGCUCGACCCGGGCGCAAACGCCACCGUCCCGAACCCCUUUGCCUGGAACAACAACGCCUCCGUCCUGUUCCUCGACCAGCCCGCCGGCGUCGGCCUCUCGUCCCGCAGCCCGGGCUCUCCCCUGCAAGCCCACGACGUCGACGGCGCGGCCGACUUCCAGGCCUUUCUCAACAUCUUCUUUGGCAAAAUCUUUCCCGAUCGCGCCCAUCUCCCGAUCCACAUCGCUGCCGAGUCGUACGGCGGACACUACGGACCCGUCUAUCUGAAGCACAUCCUCGAUUCCCGGCGGUUCGACUCCCCGGACGCCUUCAGGGGCAACAUCUCCUCGCUGAUUCUUGUUGAUGCCGUCAUUGACUUUGCGGCGCCCGCGGUGGGCACGUACGAGUUCCUCUGCAGGGGGUACGGCCACCACGGCAAGAUCAUGAACGACUCGACGUGCGAUGCCCUGCGGCGGAGCGUCCCCAAGGUGUUUGAGCUGGACAGGAACUGCGAUGCGGGCAACGACGGGUACGAGUGCUGGGGCAUGACGACCUUUCUCGAGGAGGUCGUUCACCCGUAUUACUACGCCGAGGUCGAGGCAGGCAAGAGGAACCCCUUUAACGUCCACAUCCCCUGCCCCAACUGGCCCUGGUGCGCCGACAUCCGCAAGGGCAACAUCACCGCCUACCUCAACCAGCCCGCCGUCAAGGCCGCCCUCGGCUUCCCGCCCUCCUUCACCUUUGAAGACGUCGACAUCCCCCUCAACGCCGCCUACACGCUGUCCAAGGACCCCUUCCGCCCCACGGCCCGCCAGGUCGCCGCCGUCCUCGACGCCGGCAUCCGCGUCCUCGUCCUCCAGGGCAACGAGGACUACAUCGUCAACACCCCCGGCAACAUGUGGGCGUACGACAACCUGCGCUGGAGCGGGCUGGCCGACUACCGGCUGGCGCACUGGCGGCCGCUGCCCGAGGGCGUGGCGGCCACGGGGACGUGGAAGGCCGGCGGCGAGGGGGGGAGGCUGGCGUUUGUGGCGGUGGACGGGGCGGGACAUACGGUGCCGGGGGAUGUGCGCGAGGGCAGCUGGCGGAUUGUCAAGGAGUGGCUUGAGGGGGGCUGGAGAGGGUGA